AUGGGAGUACUACUCACCCUGGGAUGUUACCUUGUUGGUUUCUCCCCGUCAUUCGCUAUGUUUUGUCGUUUCAUCGCUCCUGAUGCUUUACGAAUUAUUUUGUUCGUCCUUGGAGCAUUCAUGUGGUUGGUAUCGUUGUUGUUGUCCUCCUUCACAUGGCUUGUUGUUUCUAUGCUUGUUGACUCUUUACCAAUCACUGUUGCUAUUUCCAUCGCUUAUCAAGAAGCAGCCAAAGUGUUUUAUUUUUGGAUUCUCAAAAAAUCUCAGAGUGGUUUGAACAAAAUAGCUCAUGCUGGAGAUCGAACAGGCGAGAGAAACUUCAUUUCUGACCUACACAAUUCUAGACACAUGCUGGCUCUGGUUUGUGGACUUGGGAUGGGUGUGAUUGCUGCUCUUUGCUACACAAUGAACGUGUUCGCUGAGUUUGCCGGCUCCGGAAGUAUUGGCCUUCCAGCAGCAUUACUAAAGAAUUCGUCUGAUGUCAACAGGGCAGGUGAAUUUCUGCCUCUCUAUUAUGCUCUCUCAGCAAUGUUUCUAACAAUAUUCCACGUAGUAUGGGUUAUUAUGGUUUGGGACUCUUGCCAUCGGUUCUCUACAAGUAACCGCUGGUUCCUCUCUGGGUCUUUGGCUGUUGGCUCACAUUAUUUGGUUUCGGGCAUUAGCUUGGUUAAUGAUUCCGGUUAUCAAACACCUGCUCUUUUAUCUCAAUUGAUUAUCCUUCUCGCAUGUAUAGUCUAUUGCCAUGUUAUCAUGGGAGGUUCAGUGAAGUCAUUCGUCAGCGUCUGUUCAAACGCUGCUAUGGACUGGGUGUCUUUACAGUGGGUGCGCAAGAAGAUAUGUGGAAUGGGCACCAUUGUUUUGGACGAGAUUGAGGCUGAAGAGCGAACAUAA